UUCUCUCACAUCCACAUUAGAGGACGAGUCAUGACUGCUGGUGUGACGUUGAAGUUUGUCCCCACGUCGAAUAAUGUACCUGCUUCGGUCUGGGUGGGCAAUUAGUGAAUUCAUGUGGUGUAACCGGAGUAAUUGAUCUUGACAACUUAAAAACAGUCAACUGCUUCUAUAAGCACACUACCUGCUUCAGAACAGUUCAAACAGACUUUAUUGGUGGAAAUAUGGAGCCCAAAGCUCCAGGAAAGGAGAAGUUCUUCAUCGUGUUACGCGGAAAGUCGAGGAAAGGCUUCUGCCGAGGAUGCAUCGGCCGUGUGGAGUCGUCGGAUGUGCAGCGAGGGGAGAUAACGGGGCUGAUGUACCCCGGGGGCAGCCACGGGGGGGGCACCAAGAGCGGAGGCACCGUGAAGAGGGAGGACACGUACCCGCUGACCCGCCACCAGGCCCAGCUACUGCUCUUCGUUUCCCAGGCAAGCAAACGCCUGGAGCUGCUGUGCAACCCCCAGCUGUUCUCGGCCAUCUGUGAGCUGUCUCAGAACGACCUAGUGGUGCUGAAGCACAAGAAGGGACACCUGCCGGGGCUGGUGAAGAACAUGAUGAAGAUUGGGAAGAAGGAGGCCAAAGAAGACCUGUUCAUGCUCGGCUUUGAGGUGGAGUUAGUGGACAGUGAUAACAAUUUGACAUCCAAGAAACCUACUCCUCUGCCCCUGUUCAGUGCGGUAGACAUCGUCCAGGUGGUCCCGUCUUCCUCCGUUCCCUUCUGGAAAGACAGCCAACGUGAGAGUGUAAGCAAGAAAAGGGGGAUGUCCGUCAACUCCACGCCGCCGUCUGUAAGAUCUUACUCACUAAAAGUGAAGGAGGACCAUACAGUGCAGAAUGUCUUCCAUAGCCAAAGUUCAAGCCCAUUUCAUGCGCCUUUGGAGGUGGGAUCCAUGGUGGAGGUGGUGUCCAACUUGGGGAUCACAGUGUACGGGGUCAUCCAAUGGUUGGGGGUCCCUGGAGAGAAGACUGAUGACUGGGCUGGGAUUGAAUUGGACUAUGACGUGAACGGCUGCUCCGAUGGGAUAUACGGAGGCCAGAGGUAUUUCACCUGCAAAGGGAACAGGGCUCUGUUCGUUCCCGUCACAAAGUGCAACGCUGAUAGCAGGUUCGUCUACUCCUCUACAGGAAGUGAGACCUCCAAACCCGACAACAUCCCUCCAGUUCCUCAAUUUGAGGACCCAGAGGAGGAUGCACCACCUAUUCCUGAAUCCGAGGUCUCGUCUUUGUUAGUGGGGAAAAUGAAAGGGAUUCAGGGACACAUUAACUCCUGUUACCUUGAUGCCACACUCUUCAGUUUGUUCAGCUCAUCUGUGACCCUGGAUAAUAUCUGCCAAAAGCCUGCUGACACCGAGCAACCCAUAACCUGCACUCUUAGAAAUAUAGUCAACCGUCUGCGCAGACAAGGGUUUGUACCUGCUGACAGUGUUAUGAAUUUCCGUGAACAGCUUGGCUGUGACUCCUUCCGAACAGAGGAAAAAGACCCAGAGGAGUUCAUCACACUCCUCUUUCAGAAGGUGCUCUGCAUGGAGCCACUGCUCAAGCUCAGAUCAAAACAAGAAAUCUCUCAGGGUGCCUACACCUUCCAGAUCUUUCUAGAAAAAGAACAGAUGGGACAGAUGCCCACUGUCCAACAGCUGCUGGACACAUCCUGCCUGUCAGGUGACCUCAAGUUUGAAGCGAUGCCGUCCUGUCUAAUAGUCCAGAUGCCGCGGUUCGGAAACAAGUAUAAGAUGUUUUCUCACAUCAUCCCCUCCACUGACCUGGACAUCACAGAUCUCCUCUACAACUCUCCAAGGGAAUGCUUCGUCUGUGGGCAUUUGGCAGAAUACGAGUGUCUUCAGUGUCUACCAGAUCGCAGACUGCAGCCAGGGAAAAUAAAACAGUACUGCACUACCUGCAAAAUACAGGUGCACACCCUUCCCUCGCGGCAGGGUCACACCCCCAAAACUCUCGCGGUACCAGCAGAUGUAGCCGCUGAUGCUCCUGUGCCAAGACACAUGAUGCAGCUGUUUGCUGUGCUCUGCAUUCAAACCAGCCACUAUGUGUCCUUUAUCAAAUACAGCCCUGAUGAUCCUCACUCCUGGCUCUUCUUUGACAGCAUGGCUGACAGAUGCGGUGACGAUAAAUCUGGCUACAGCAUUCCUGAGGUCCAAACUUGUCCAGAGCUGGGCGACUUCCUGUCCCAGUCGGAGGAGGAGCUAGCUAGGUCGAACCCCUCCCAGGCUCCUGAACUGGUGCGCAGGUUGCUGUGUGACUCAUACAUGUUUUUAUACCAAAGCCCAACCAUGCCACUUUCAAAUCCAGAGAAUCAGGAGUCUUUAUGUGAGGACGAGGACACCACGUUCCCAUAACAGUGCCUUAAUAACCUUGCAUCUCUGCUUAAUCGGCAGGAUUUAGUGUUUGUUAUUACAUCCAAACAGCAGGAACUGAAAUGGAUGCUUGUAACAUCAUGGGGCGGAAGAAACAAUAUUGUUGAAGACAAAAACAAUAUAAAUUUGUUGUUCAGACGUCUGACUAUGAAUGAUUGUAGUCAAAGUUGAUGUAGAUGUAUGAGGAGAGAAAGAAUGAGCUGUAAACAGAUUACACUCUGAACUCCUCAUCGUUGUUACCUUGUGAUUGUGAUUAUUUAUACCAAGAUUUCUUUAUAGGAAAUUGUGACAUUAGACACAUUACACAUAAAUGACUUCAUAGUGCGUUUUUUUUUAUUUUUUUUUUUUUAUUGUGUCUAGUAGGUAAUCGGCAAAUUGGGAAAUCUGAUCUGAGAUCUGCAAAAACUCUCACGAGACUGGCUGCCCGACGAAUUCUCCUAACCUUAACUAUUAGAGAUCAUUGCGUAACCUGAACCAUCUCGCGAGAGUUUCCCUAACUUGUGGGUUCCCUUCUAGACACCACCUUUGUUUUCGUCGGUUAUUUAGUAAGUUAAAGUCCCCUCAAGCAGAAUUUGCAGAAUUUUAAUUCUGGAUUGUCAGUUGUGACCUUAAACACUCACUGAAGCCUCCCAGGUCAUAUAAACAACAUGCUCUUCUUGUGUUGUUGUUGAUGGGCCGUCUCUUGAAAACUAAAUGAUUGAAAAGUACAUGUAUAUACUUUGUAUUGUUUUUACUGCAACAAUUGCACUGUGUGCAGAAUUUAAAAGGGCAUAUUACUGGUACUGUAAUAUAGUAUUUUCAUCAAUAAAAUGUAAGAAGAACUGCAG